AUGAGAAGAUUUAAUACAUGUGAAAAUAAAAAAGAAAGAAAUUUAUUCUCUGAUUAUAUAAAAAAUGAGGAUGAAUUGUAUGAUGAAAGAUAUGACAAAGGUGAUGACAAAAUAAUAAAUAAAGAACCUAUAUCCUUAAAAAUAUCCUUAAAUACAAAUGUUAAUAAUAAUUUUUUUCCAAUUGAUCCAAUAAAAUCAACCUAUUUCUUAUGUAAUAAUUUGACUAAUGACAAUAAGCAAAAGG